ACGAGUCAAACUCCAUUGUUGUAAAAGUCUUGUUGGAAUUUAUCUGAUAUUCUGCAAAAACAAAGGGAAGACUGAAUUUGACAAGGAUGAAGUAUCAGUGCCCUGUUUCCCAGACCAUGGGAAUAAAGACUUACGCCAAGGACUGUGGAGUCCCAGUCAUCUGCAAGAGAUCUGUUUCUCUGAAGGAAUACCGCAGUGUCCACUUCUCCAAUGAUAUCGUUUUUCAGGACUAUGUGCGCCACGGCGAGCUGGAAAGGAUUGGACUUUUCAUCAGAGCCAGGAGAGUCUCCCUGGACACCAUCUACCACUCUGGUAUGGCUGCAAUUCACGAGUCUGUCCUGUCUGGGAACCUGGAGUGUGUCAAACUGCUGGUCCAACACGGAGCAGAUAUCCUCCAGCGAGACGAAGACGGAUGGACCCCUCUGCACAUGGCCUGCAGCGACAGUUUCCCACACAUUGCACGCUACCUUCUGUCUCUGGGUGCUGACCCAGAGCUGGAGAACGACUGUGGGGAGAAGCCGGCUGACCUCAUUGACUCGGACAACAAGGAGCUGCUGGAGCUCUUCGGGCUGGCGGUGAACGACUGAACACCCUGGGCUUUUAAAGCUACCAACUCAAACGCCCAGUUGUCUGACUGCGCUGUCGCCAUAGACAGAAAAGGACACGUCAGCCCAGCAUUCUGAGUUUGUGAGCUGCCUCAGCUCAGGAGGUCAAGGACUGUGGAUGUCUGUUGGAUGGAGGGCUGACAGAGACAGUAGUCUGGACUGAACUUUUGCCAGUAGCGGCUCCUCUAUGAUCCCUAGAUCUGAGAUUUACUGUGUCCUAUGAGAGCUUAAGAUCCUUUUAUACUGUGGCGAAUGGAAUGAGUCAUUCGAUGUUAUUUGGCAUGUCACUGGAAUUAAGAGGGUUUGAGAAUGUUGUGAAACCUGAAGCUGUUGUUGCUGCUCAGCUCAUUUGCACCUCUCUGACAGUGUACACCUCCUCUGUCUGCCAAUAUUAUAAAAACCAAACAGGCUUGUGUUGUCUGACUUGGUAACAGUUGUUUACAGUUGAUCAGAAGGACGUUUUUCUAUUGUUGCCUCUACAUAUGUUUCAGUUAAUUAACUAUAUUUACUUUUA